ACCGCCGCCACCGGCGGCAGCAGUUCUUUGCUGACACGUCUCCGGCGCUGUCUGCAAACUACAUCUCAUCGCUGCAUCGUCGCCGCCGCCAUCGUUUAUAGCAGCUUUGUUUGAUUAUUGUCAAAUCAUUAUAUUAUUAUUAUAUAUAAUUCGUCUAUCCGUCUUUUCAUCGGUCAUCGGGCCAGGACUGCUGGAGAGUUGUUCCUCGGUCAUUUUGAUAACAAGAUCAUUGAUUGGCUAUCAUAAUCUCCGUUGUAUUAUAACUUACAUUUAAACUUUAUAUUGUACAUUCACAUCGAAUUAUCCGUGCCAGUAUAACAUCCCGUUGACGACGCGGACGUCGCAGCGGUGGCAAUCACCACGACGAGCCGACGACAUGAGAUGCAGUUGGCCGCCAGACGGAUCCGAUGGAUGUGUUUGUUGUGCGCGUGCGCACUGGCCGAUCAACGAGUCAACACCGCAAACAACGACACUGCACAAACAGGGUUGGGAGAACAGUGUUUCCAAGACGACACGUGUCAGUUGCACGACAAGCACGCGGUGUGCGCACAGGUGGACCACAACGCAAUAUGCAGGUGCAAACAGGGCUACCACAUCGUCACCGUUUCCAGGCCUACCAAUGCCAGGAGCAGUUUUUGCGCCCAAGACGAUUCGGACGGCAAAACUGGUGGUUCGUCGCUGCUCGGCGUCGUGGUCGGCCUGCUAGUGUUCUCGGCGCUCAUCUGUUUCGGGCUGCGCCUGUCCACGGCCUCCAGACCCCGGCAUUUCCCGACCACCAACUUAUAUCCGAACAAGCUGCUGUGUUCACGUCAAACUAAAGCAUCUUCGAGCAAACAUUACGGCACCUCAGAUUCUGCGACAGCCAACGGACAACAAGAAGACGAGAGUAGUGCCGGUCAAUCGGAAGCCAAAGACGACGAUACGAGCAGGGUAGGAGCUGCCAGAGCAGCUGCUUUCAUAUUGAUCUCUUGCCGACCAUCCACGUCGGAGUCAACGACGGCCUCACCGAGCAGGGCAAAAAGGGCAAAAAAAUUGGGUUAUGGUCGUACCGGUAGUGAUCCAGCUGUGCACAGCACAUCUUCAGUGAAAACAUACAACUUGAAAUGGUAUCAAAGGGACCAGCAGAGAAGGCAUUCGACAAAGAACAGGGAAGCAAAAGGCACUCCACCUAGUCAUUGUUCGACCGAACAACUAAUACAAAAUAGUUCGAAAGAUGAAUGCUCCAGAAACAGUCAAACCACGUUGAACUCUAAAGAUAAGUCGAAAGCAUCGUCGGUGAGCCGCAUCGAACAUAGAGCGCUGGUCCAUCAUUCGGCCGCGGCGAUUAGCGGCGGCAGCGGAAAUUGCACGGAACCCAUGGUCACAGUUGAGCUAUCGGAACAACCGCUACAACGUCCGGAAGGAAUUAUUGCACAGGGCACACGAUGAAACGUAUAGGUAGCACGUGCGAGUAUGAUAAGAAAUGUUUAUGAAACGAUAAUAUAAUUAUUAUCGUAUUAUAUAUAGUGUUUAAUUCAAUGAUUUAAAUCCACGUACAAUGGUUAAGUGAUAUAAAUUAUCUAUUAUAAUAAUUUAAUGAAAUAUAAUAUGCUUUGCUCGUGGAUAGACCGUAAGGCGGCCUUAAAGACUAGUGGAUGCAGGAUGGGACUGGUUUAUAAGAGGAUAUUCGCACUGCCUGAGAUUUUUUUAUAGCCGAUAUAGAUGCAAAUAAUAGAAAGAUCCUAUUUGAGUAUACCACCCCUGAAAACAACUUCCUUGAUUAUUUUUAUUAGUUACGGUCGUUGUGCACUUUUAAUAUUACAUUAUUACAACGUAUUAAUUAUACCUCAAUAAUACGCAUGUUUGCAUUUUAAAUCCACGUUUAAUUAUUACAAAAUGUUUAUUUCGUCACGAUGUAUGCGAUCGGUGGUAAAAAGAAGUGGUGUAAGGGUGGUUGUAUUUAAAUUUUAUAUACAUAUACCUAUCGAUUUCACGUGGGCAUAUUUUUAUCGUUUUUUGUCAUACGCCCUUCGAUAGCAACACUAUAUAUAUAGUGUGUAUCUGAAGGAGUCGAUAAUUUUAAUUGAAUUGCGUUUAAAUAAUAUGUCUUAUGUUCCGAAAUACACUCUGUAUACGUUGUAGACGUAUACGUAGGCUAAAAUACGUGACGCUAUCUGCAAAACACAGUCACCUAAUGUAGUGAAUAAUGAGAUAUAUAGGUGUAUUGUCCAUUUUAAAUCACUCGUGACGAUCAACCAUGAAAGCCGUACCGGGUAGUUAAAUACAAUUUUUCAAAACUCAUAUUUCCGCGAUAUUCCUUACAUGAGGAACAAUAUUUUUAUAUAAUUUCUAGAUAAGUGUUUUAUACAAAUAAACAAUAUGUUUGAACGUAUGGGUAUGGAUUAUAUUAACUAUAUAGAUACUACACGUAUCUGAUAUUGUUAAUAAUGUUAAUAUAAUUAUGAUUAUUGUUACCUAUGUAUAUUAUAAUAUAUAUAUACAAAAUUUGUAACGUGUGCGUGUCGGUGUUGACGUUGAGCCUAUUCAUUAUUAUUAAUCUAUGAAUGUAUUAUUAUUGUUAUUAUGUUAUACUACCUAUAUAGUGAGUAAGAAAAAUAAUAGACAUAAUUUAUAGUUAAUAUGAAAUAAUUUAGUGAGUGUGAAAACGUGUGCGCACGAAUAACUAAUAUACCUACUAUAACUAAUACAUAUUAUAGGAUUUCGUUUUACAAAUAUUAAAAAACAGCCAAAGUAAAACGAUUAUUAAAAAACUAUCACAGGCAUUAUGAUUAUAUAUUAUAUAAUACAUAACGAUUUACUUGUAAUAAUUUAUUCAUUCGAUGAAACUGCAAUUUCGGAUUAAAGUUUUGGAAAAAAUAAAAAUAAAUUAUUUUUAUUUUUUAAUUCAAUUAUGAUAAUCUCAGUUCAAAUAUACAUUUAAAGAUUAUAUACUAUUUUAAUAAUGAUACAUAUAUGGGUACAAUAUAAUAU